CACCUUGUCACUGUCAUUUGUCAACUUCAUAUCUCAACCUGCCUGAAAAAAUCCAAUUUGUUAUAAUUUUCGUAAUUUCCAUAAUUUGGGAUCAAAUGUGCUGAUAAGGAAAUAUCAUCAAAUCAUUGUAAUUUAUUGCAUGAAUAAUGGCAGCCCCAGUAAUAAUCGCAGCAACCACUAAACAUACUGGAACUCUUAUAUUCUUACACGGUUUAGGAGAUACCGGACAAGGAUGGGCAAGUGCUAUGGCUGCUAUAAAACCACCACACGUCAAAGUUAUUUGCCCUACAGCACCAACAAUACAAGUAACUUUAAAUGCGGGUUUCCGUAUGCCGAGUUGGUUCGAUCUGAAGACAUUGGACGAUUCAGGACCAGAAGACGAACCUGGUAUAAAAAAAGCCACUGAACAAAUCCAUGCUCUAAUUGAAAACGAAAUUAGCGCGGGAAUUAACGCUAAUAGGAUCGUCAUAGGAGGUUUUUCCCAAGGAGGCGCUCUGGCUUUGUAUUCCGGUCUCACUUAUCCGAAAAAAUUGGCCGGUAUUGUAGGUUUAUCCUGUUGGUUACCUUUGAAUAAAUCCUUUCCGGCAAUGAAGAAAACAGAGGAUACUUUACCAAUUUUACAAUGUCACGGUGAUUGCGAUCCAGUGGUACCUUAUAAAUGGGGCCAAAUGACAGCAUCAGUGUUAAAAUCCAUGCUUCGAGAUGUCGAAUUCAAAACAUUCAGGGGUUUAUCUCAUUCGUCAUCAGAUGAAGAACUGAAUGACAUUAAGCAAUUUAUAUACAAAAAUAUACCCAAUCAAUAGAUAAAUUUCGUGUAAAAUAAAUCGUGUUUUCCUCAUUUAUUUAUAUGAAUUCGAAAAUAUAUUAAUUUGGUGGUUCCUCAUCUUUCGGUAAUUAAACAAAUAGUUUUUCAAUAUAUAAUUCAUUUUGAACUUCAAAAUAUAAAAAAAUUUCCAAAAAAAUCAGUCAAAUAUCCGUUUUUGGAAUUUAAUUUGAUCUCUUCUUCAGAAUUUUUUUAUUAACAGUGUAACCAUUAAAUUUCGUCAUAACCUAAAUUUCUACCAGAAAUUAUCCCCCGAGUCCUUAGAGGCAUUGAACUUUGUCAAAAAAAUUAAAAAUUACCAAGAUUCCAAUCUAUUAAUUUCGAAUUUGCUAACUAUUUAUACUAACGUAAAUAAAAUAAUAGAGAAUACUCUUUUAAUAUUUAGUUAUUAAAAUUUUUGCUAUUUAAAUUACAAAAAUUCGAACAAACUUUUUAUAUUUUUGUUAUUAUAGAUAUGGAAUUCGUAUAACGAAAUUCUAAAUAUAAUAAAAUGUUAUUUCAAUGAAACACACAUUUAAAAUUACGUACAGGGGGAUUCUAAACAUAAUGAAAUUAUAUGUCAAUACUUAACCUGUUUGUUUAUAUAAAUAAGUAAAACGAGUUUAUGAAUAUUUCAUAAAUUAUAUGUAUUUUCGAAUUCUAUAGUUCUUUUUUUUUGAAUUAUUUGAUAUUAGUAAAAUUCCUCCCAUGUGGUAGUAAAGUUAAAUGCAAUAAUCAGUAUUGAUCAUAAAAUGGCGGCUUAUUCCUAACCGAAACUUUGUUCUGAUUUAAUACAGUAAACAUUCCCACUUCUGGAAACCUUGAUAUAUAUAAGCUUUUAUUUUAUUUGUUGAACUCAAUAAAUGAAAAUUUAAAACGAAAAAAAA